AUGGCCUCAGAACAAGACCAAGCCGCCAACGCCUCCCUCCAGUCCGGCGGGGGCUCCAUCCCAGCCCAACGAACCGUCCACUCCCUCAGCAGCACCACCCUCGCCUACCUCAAGCGCCUCUUUGCAUCCCACGCGACCCCCGAAGGCAAAUGGACCCCCGAGCAGAUCAGGGUCUUUGUCCAGAAAGUCCAGGGCAGCAGUGAUCAAGGCCCGACGACCGAGGCGGCGCUGGCCCAGCUGCUGCGGCGGCGGGGGGGCAGCAGCACUCCGGAUGAGGAGGAGGAGCUCGAUCUCGACGGCUUCCUCGCAUUCAUGACGUCUCCUCACAGCAGCGCCGUCUUGCCCGUCCUGAACGAGGACUUUUCCUGGCCGCUGGCCAGCUACUUCAUCAGCUCGAGCCACAACACGUAUCUGACGGGGAACCAGCUCUCGAGUGAUAGCACCACGGGCGCUUACACCAACGUCCUGCUGAGAGGCUGCCGGUGCGUGGAGAUUGACGUCUGGGACGGCGACGAGAGCGACGCUGAAUCCUCCUCGUCGUCGUCGUCUUCAGACAGCGAGACAAGCGACGACGAGGCAGCCGCCAAAAAGGCCGCCCUGAAAGAGAAGAAGAAGCUGGAGAAGAAGGAGAAGAAGGAGAAGAAGGAGAAGAAGGAGGCCAACAAGGCCAAGCAGGACAAGAGUACGGACAACAAGAAAAAGACUGGAGGAGGAUGGAGCGACCAGCUGCGCAGCAAAAUGGACAAGAUCAACAUCAGCAAGAAGAUGGACAAGCUCGAGGAAAAGGCCACGGAAAAGGUGGCCGAGAUCCAGGAGGCCAUGACGAAGAACAGCAACAAGUCAGAUCCUGCAUCUGCCGUCGUCGUCGAGCCCCGUGUGCUUCACGGAUACACCCUCACCAAGGACGUCAAGUUCCGCGACGUCUGCGAAGCCAUCCGCGAGAGCGCCUUCGUCGCGUCCGAGAUGCCCCUCAUCGUCAGCCUCGAGGUCCACUGCAGCGCGGCGCAGCAGCUCGUCAUGGUGGACAUCAUGAAGCAGGUCUGGGACGGCCUGCUGGUGAGCGAGCCCGAGUCCGCCGUCGAGUCCCUGCCCAGCCCCGAGGAGCUCCGCCGCAAGAUCCUCAUCAAGGUAAAGUACGUCCCGCCCGGCACAUCCCUCGACAAGGUCGACACCAUGUCUAGCGAACAGGUUCCCUCCGCUCCGGCAGGCGGUGCGCCGCCGCCGCCGCCGAAGCCCGCAAAGACGAUCCAGGAGCUCGCCCGCAUGGCCAUCUACACCCAGGGCGUCACCUUCAAGGCGUGGACGCAGCCCGAGGCCAGCAUGCCCACGCACAUCUUCUCCAUCUCGGAGAAGAAGUUCAUCGACUACCACGAGAAGCAGUGGGCCACGCUGUUCAACCACAACAAGCAUUACCUCUUGAGGGCGUAUCCGGCCGGCUUCCGCAUCGGAUCGUCCAACCUCAACCCGGCCAUCUUCUGGGGCGGCGGCGCUCAGAUCAUCGCCCUCAACUGGCAGGAGACGGAUGAGGGCAUGAUGCUCAACGAGGGCAUGUUUACCGGGACCGGCGGCUACGUCCUGAAGCCAGAAGGAUACCGCUCCAAACUCCCCCUCAAGGAAGACAUCACCACCCCCUCCCCCAUCACCAUCACCCGCAAGACCGUCUCCCUGGCAUUCACCUUCCUCGCCGCCCAGAACCUGCCCCUGCCGCCCGACGAGAAGUCGGCCAAGGGCUUCCGGCCCUACGUCAAGGUCGAGCUGCACGUCGAGGCCUCCAAGAACAGCCACGCCCAGAGCGACGGCCACGUCCACGAGAGCGAGUACAAGGUCCGCACCAAGACCCACAAGGGCUGCGACCUCGACCUCGCCGGCGAGAGGCUCGAGUUCAAGGCCAUCCCCGGGCUGGUCGAGGAGCUCACGUUCGUGCGCUUCACCGUCCGGGACGACGAGAUUGGGAAGGACGACUUGGCUGCGUGGGCGUGCAUCAAGCUGGAUCGGCUGGGGCAGGGGUAUAGGUUUGUGCAUCUGAGGAAUACAAAGGGGGAGGCGACGGACGGGGCGAUUCUGGUCAAGGUGGAAAAGCUGGUUGUGUAA